AGAGACCUAAAUCUUUUGUUAUCACCAACCCUAACAAAAUCACAUUGAAUGGCUUUGGAAGCAACCAUGACGACACCCACCUCAAGCCGACCAUGGCCCACCGGCCUACCGCUUUUUCUUGAUAGCUCCCCCCACUUGUUAGCUAGCUCAACACUGUUCCUUACUAGUAGCUAUCGUUCCGUUCCCCAAGAAAAGCACAACCAUGGCAAGCCGGUUAUCGCGUUCCCUCGUGGCCUCGCUGCAACAACAGCAAUACUCCCGACAGCUGUUGAUACCCCGCUUCUUCAGUGGCAACAACAGCAGCAGCAAUAUACCCAACCUCGACAAUUUGGUAUCGGGUGUCACGUCGGAAAUGGUAGCCAACGAUCCUGUUCUAAUGGACUACAUGAAAUCCAAUUUUCCAGAGUAUUUCGAGGACAAUAAUAAUAGGAAAGAAGAAGAAAUCGCUACAGUCGUGACCAACUGGGGAGAACGACGACGAGCCAUUCCCAAACCAAUACUCAAUAUCCGAUCCAUACCGACACUGCUACGAUGCCCCGAGACGGAAGAAGGAUCCAAUCGGUGUUUUCCUAUGAGAGAGCGGGAAGGAUUGAUUCCAGGCGUCAUUUACGGAUCGAAUCCCACCAUUGGCGCCAAGGAACGCAUCUUUGUCAAAACCCCUCGGUCCAUCAUUCAAUCCGAAAUGGAUCGAUUCCAUCAUCUCGCUUUCGUGGGGCGGGUGUACGAUCUCACCGUCUACGAGACUCCGGAACAGUUUGACCAAGAACAAGGAGGCACCGUUCAUCGUGUGGUGCCUCGCAGUGUCCAACUACAUCCCGUCAAUGAUAUGGUCUAUUGCUGCAACUUUUUACGAUACUAUCCAGGAAGACCCAUCAAAGUUCCCGUCACAUUGGUCAAUGAAGAAGAAUCACCGGCUUUGAAACGUGACGGAUUCUUGAUUCCAAUCAACAAAACGGUAGAGGUCGUGGUGGACGAAGGUGUUGCCAUUCCAGAGGUACUGGAGGUUGAAUGCUCGGGGCUCCAAUUCAAACAAGUUAUUCGACUUGACCGAGUCAUGUUCCCAGAAGGUGUCAGGCCCAGUGAAAAGGUACUCAAACACAAGGAUUUUAUGAUUGGACCGAUUCAUGGAGGAAGAGGUGGAGGUGCGGAUCUGACGGAGGGCGAGGGUGACGAGGAAUAAAUGCAUACUAGCUAUCUAGUAAUACUACAGUACCGUACUAACUACCUCGCAGGAGAGGAGCACCGUUCAAAGCUGUAGCCGUGCUAGAUGUGUUGUUGAUGUCUACAAUAAUCAUUCUGGUAAGUAGCUAUUGGUACUAGUAUCUGCCAGAACACAAUUUGUAAUUCAGUGGGGAGAAGUACAUGUGCAUCGUACCAUCCGAUAGAGCUCACUACAGCACGUGUGGUGUUCAUUUAUUUGUUUUCGACGAAGUCUUGCACCCAAUCCUUGACCCGAUCAUGACAAUUGUGCAGCAGAGUAUCUUCAUUGAAAGGGCAACCAUUCUCAAUCACAAACUUUAGCACCUCCAAAUGACCAUUUCUUGCAGCACUCAUGCAUGUUUGUUCUUCCCAUGGACAGCCAUGCUCAUGGGCAUAUUUGAGGCAUUCCAAAUGGCAAUUUUGAGCAGCAACUUGGCAUGUGUUUUCAUCCCAUCGACAGCCAUUUUCACCGGCAUAUUUGAGGAUUUCCAAAUGUCCAGCUGCAGCUGCAUUGAAGCAAGUCUCUUCAUGCCAUGGACACCCAUUUUCAUGGGCAUAU